AUGUUUCUCUACAUGCUAAUCUUCAUGGCGUAUCAUAGCAGCCGGUGGAUACCAAGGAAUCAGAGGCUAAAAUUUCAGAUAGUGAAUGCAGUGUUUGCAGCUCUUGUCCUGGUCCCUCAGUUCUACGUCAUGGCAAGUCCAAAAUCCUCCAGAUACUGCAGGCAGCCGCUUCUGAGCAACCUGUCAGCCUCCAUCGCCUUGUCCUUCAUCGCUACAGGUUUUUCCGUGGUUUUCACACUGAUAGACCCAGUUCCUCAGAGCCUUUGGGCCUCCUAUCACGUGUUUGGGAUUCUGACAUGUGGACAAGGUCUCUGCACCGCCAUCUUGACUCUGACAGCAGCAGCGUGUGCUAAAACCACCCCGGAGCUGUACUACAUGUCCCUUAUCCUAACUAUUGCUUCUAUUUUCAGUACAGGUUUUUUCAUGGUGAGAGGAGGCCUCUGGUUGACUAACAGGAAGCAUGUGACGGAACCGAGCAGAAACAAUGAGCAGUAA